AUUGAUAUACGCCCUUACAAUUAAUAUAAGCAACAACAUGGAAACUGACUGCUCGUGCAUUACAAGAUCAGGUUUAUGUGGUAGCAGUGCCUAUUCACGGGGUAUCCCUAAAGCCCAUCAAAUAUUGCAUGAUCUGGAACGCAGCCACAGGAGCGAAUUGGGGAACCCUGAGGUUCCAGAUCAUGUUCUGGAUUAUGAUCCUCAUUCCUUCAGCGAUAAGAAUGAAAUCAGCAAGGCCAUGGAUGAUCACACUCCUCUGGCUCUUCUCAAUCACGUUCGGCAGAACAGUGGACGCUGGAAGCAAGCUUCCAUCUCCGUUGGGGAAGACGUUGACGUUUGAGCAUUUGGUCCAUUCCAUAU